AUGACAAGUGAAAUAGUGACUAGCGCUUCGGAAGAGGCUGCUCCAAUCGUUGAAGUUCAGGCUGAAGUCGAAGCCAAAAAGGAACCUGUGUUGACACCUGCUCCUAUUCCAACGAAAUCGCCUUGGAAGUCUGUUUCUGCCGAUAUCCCAGUUUCUAACAUCCAAGUGGACUCGUUGGAAGCUGGCAAAAAGAAGAAGAACAAGGCUGGUACUCCCGCCAUCAGCUCAUCGACUAAGUGGGUACCCAUGAAGGCUUCUUUUGUUGUUUCUGGUCCAAAAAGGGCCGGUAACAACCCGCGAAAGACCUCUAACAAAGGUGCCGCUACCGGUGGGGCAAAGAAGAAGAAGCAGCAACAGCAACAAUCAACGAAGAGGCAGCCAUCGAAGACCAGAAGCCCUAAGGAUGAUAGUGGUAAGGAGAAAAUCGAGGUUCAGCAAGAGAGUGAAGAAAAACCUUCCCAGGAUGAGGCAGCAGCAUCAGAUCAGCAGAAUGGGCAUUCGUUCUAUCAAAGAAGAAGACAUAACCAUAACAAUCAAUUUCAGCAUUCCGCUCAUCAACAAACUAAUUUUCCAAGAAGAAGAUAUUACAACAAUUUUAACAACAAUGAUCCGUUCAGACAACAGCGUUAUGCUCAGCAUUCCAAGGACGGCUUCAAUCCUUACCAUGGCCGCAUACCGCGCUCUUUUGGGCAACAGGGCCAUCUGAUAAACAACCAAGUUCACCCAAACAUUGCUCCGAUCUACCAGCAGUACUACUCAAUGCAGCCAAUCCUGAUGGCCGUCAACAGCAUUGCAAGACAGAUUGAAUACUACUUUAGCGCAGAAAACUUGAAUAAGGACAACUACUUGAGAUCUAAGCUGUCCAAUGAAGGUUACGCUUCAGUUUCUUUGAUCUCGAAGUUCUACAGAGUGGUCAAUAUGUCAUUUGGAGGUGAUUCCAGUUUGAUUCUUGCUGCUUUGAGAGAGAUUGUCAAGAACGAAGAUGCAACUGUUGAAGUAGCUACUGGAUCGAUUGAAAACUCCGAAGGUGAAAACGCAGCAGAGAGUGAAGGUGCCAUUUUGACAAAGUAUUUCGUUCGUGCCAAAGAAUGGCAGAGUCUAUUGCCUGAGACGUUCACCACCGUUGUCGAGAUUGAAAAGACUUUGGAAGGUGACGCUCUAGAUGGAUUCAUGAUUAACCCAAUCCCGGUCCCAUCGAAUGGAAGCUACGAACCUCAAGUGGCUGUUUCGGAAGAAGGCCUGGCUGAGAAAUCUGAAGAGGAAAAGAGCUCACUGAGUACUUUGGAAGAUGCUAAGGUAGAAACUCAAUGA